GGCAAUUAAUAACCCGGAAGCGAUCGCCAGUGCGGCGCUGUUUAAAGAUGGCGGCGGAGGAACCUCAGCAGCAGAAGCAGGAGCCACUGGGCAGCGACUCCGAAGGUGUCAGCUGUUUGGCCUACGAUGAAGCCAUUAUGGCUCAGCAGGACCGAAUUCAGCAAGAGAUUGCUGUGCAGAAUCCUCUGGUGUCAGAGCGGCUGGAACUCUCAGUUCUGUACAAGGAGUAUGCUGAGGAUGACAACAUCUACCAACAGAAGAUCAAGGACCUCCACAAAAAGUACUCAUACAUACGGAAGACCCGGCCUGAUGGCAACUGCUUCUACCGAGCGUUCGGCUUCUCCCACCUGGAGGCACUGCUGGAUGACAGCAAGGAACUGCAGCGGUGAGGAGGACGGGCACUGGGGCUCUGGGCCUCUCGUGAGGGUCAGGGCCUUAGGCCAGCCAUCAUUUGGGUUGCUUGGGGACUUCUUUUUGAGCUUGGU